GUCCAGUCCCCCCUCAACUGUUGCUUGCUGAAAAGCCGCCUGGACUGCCCAACCUCGAGCCGACACGCCGACCGUGAAACUACACCGCGAAUUCAAAGCACCACAUCGCACCAAGGAACACCCCGCCAAGUUCUAUCAAAGCAAUUAAUCCCCAAUCCCGUGCGCGCGAGACAGCCCUGCACUUUGCUGCUCCGCUCCCGAUCGACCGCCUGAAGCCCUCGUCAUCGACUCGCCCACCACGACUACCUACCGACCGACCUUAGCCGAUUCGAUUUCGUCGCAAGCGUGCAUUUGCUGUAGUGCUUAUUCCGGGAGCCAUAUAUAGCGAGAUUCCUCUUAGACGGAGUUGAAUGGUGUGUUUUUGAACCUGGUCUUUUUUUCCGCACCACGAUUAUUCGGGGUCGGUCUGCCAUAGUGAACCUCUGCCGACUGCCGCCUGGGCCCCGUGUUCCCCUCGAUUCCCUCGCCCAAGAUGGCGACGACGGUUUCUGCCGGGGCUGAAUUGCCCAUACGGUCGCAAUCCGUUCGGACACGCCGGCCACCGACUGCAUCGCGACCCGAUCCCCUUCCCCGAUCCGAGUCAUCUACAAGAGCCGAGGCCUCGACAAGAACUGAGCACUCGCAGCAGCAGCAGAAUUCGAGUCCUUACCGUCGCAGCAGUAAGCGUUCGACUACAGCACAGUCACCCCGAAGUCCUCAGCAGGAAAUGCCGCCUCCGGCGCACAAUCCUGCUGCCGACGAGCCCAACGACAGGGCCGCCGAUCAGCAAGCGCAGCGCACCUCGAAGCACAGAUACCGUACCGUCAUCCCUGCCCCAUCAGGCGAUUAUGCCUUCAUCAAGACCAUUGGCCAGGGCAGCAUGGGCAAGGUGAAGCUGGCUAAGAAGGAGGGGUCAAACGAACUGGUCGCAUGCAAGAUCAUCGAGAGAGUAUCCGUCGACGAUGGGCGGCAGAGCAAAGAAGACCGAGAGCGGGCCGACGCCGCCAGGGAAGAUCGCAACGCCCGCGAGGCUGCUAUCGUCAGCUUGCUCAACCACCAGUAUAUCUGCGCGCUGCGGGACAACCUGCGGACAAGGUGGCACUGGUAUAUGCUCUUCGAAUACGUCAAUGGCGGCCAGAUGCUCGACUACAUCAUUUCCCACGGGAAGCUCAAGGAAAAACAAGCCAGGAAGUUUGCGCGCCAGAUAGCGAGUGCGGUCGACUACUGCCACCGGAAUAGCAUCGUUCACCGCGACCUCAAGAUCGAGAAUAUCUUGAUCAGCAAGACGGGCGACAUCAAGAUCAUCGACUUUGGCCUUAGCAACCUCUUUUCGCCAGACGAGAACAGGAAGCUCAAGACAUAUUGCGGCAGUCUCUACUUUGCUGCCCCGGAACUGCUCCAGGCAAGGCCAUACACGGGUCCCGAAGUCGACGUGUGGAGCUUCGGCGUGGUUCUGUUCGUUCUCGUCUGCGGUAAGGUGCCGUUCGACGACCAGUACAUGCCCGCACUCCAUCAGAAAAUCAAGAAAGGCGCAGUCGACUACCCCAACUGGCUUUCGAGUGAAUGCAAGCAUCUGAUUUCCCGGAUGCUUGUCACGGAUCCGAGGCAGCGCGCCACGAUGCACGAAGUCAUGAACCACCCCUGGAUGCUUAAAGGGUACAACGGGCCUCCGGAAAACCAUCUUGCCCAUCGGGAGCCUCUGCAGCUGCCGCUCAACGAGGACGUCAUCACACACAUGACUGGUUUCAAGUUUGGCCCGCCGGACUACAUCCGCGAUGAGCUGACUAAGAAGAUCUUGUCGCCAAAAUACCAGGCAGCGGUCCGGCGCCUAGAGAAGGAGAGGGAACUGCCACAGCCUACUCCAAAGGAGGUGGAGAAGAGGCGUGCUUUUGGUUUCGACUUUUACAAGAGGCGGAACUCAGUAACGAGCAAGGAAACUCUCACCAACGGUAGCGCAGAAGGUCUGCCCAUGGGCGAUGAUCCGCUCAACGCGUUUGAUCCUAUGAUUUCCAUCUACUACCUCGUCCAGGAGAAGUUUGACCGUGAGCGGCAAGAGGCGCUGGCGGCGCAACCCACGAUGCCGCCCAAGGUGCAGGUCCCACCAUCCCCACAACAAUCCCAAACGCUCGCCGUCCCGCCGUCGCCAAUCGCACGGCCAAAGGAGAAGCAUUCUCUUGCCGAGAUUGUGCCUCCGCAACCGGCACACACUGAGGGCGGCAGGUCGCGGCAGAGAGCAAGGUCACACAGCGAAGACCAGGUUAGGGAGCCGGUCAAGAACGGCCUGCUCUCCCCCGACAUGGUGCCACAAAAGAAAGGCGGCAACGGCCCCGUCUCGCUCCUCCGCAGACUCAGCACGCGCGAUAGGAGGAAGGAGCCCUCAGAGGGCAAAUCCAGCACACUCAUGCAAAAGUCGGUUUCCAUGCGUGCCAAAUCCCUUGGCCACGCCCGCCGGGACAGCAUCCAAGCCCGCCGCGCCAAGCGGGAGGCCGACGCGCGGGAUCAGCAGCAAAAUUCGUCGUCGACCCACCAGGAGCCACCUGUCAGGGAGGAGACGGACGCCGAGUUGGGACAGGACGCCGAGGGCGGCGACAGCAGCGGCGGCUCGCACGAGCGCCUCGAGCCCGAGGACCCGGAUCUCGCCAAGCCCGUGUACCUCAAGGGCAUCUUCAGCGUGUCGACCACCUCCACCAAGCCGCUGCCCGAGAUCCGCGCCGACAUCAAGCGGGUCCUCAAGAUGCUGGGCGUCGACUACACCGAGAUCAAGGGCGGCUUCAGCUGCUCGCACGCGCCCAGCAUCGCCGACCACUCGCCCUCGCACGGCCACCACGGCCACCACGGCGACUCGCGCGUCGCCGAUGGCGAGAUCCGCUUCGAGAUCGUCAUCGUCAAGGUCCCGAUUGUCAGUCUGCAUGGCGUGCAGUUCAAGAGGGUGGGCGGAAACACGUGGCAGUACAAGGCGAUGGCGGAGCAGAUUGUUAAGGAGUUGAGGUUGUAGACGAUCGGGUCGGGUCGGGUCGGGUUCCAAGGUUGGGUUUGCAUUGGCGAGGGGGGUACACACGGGAGAAGGGAGGGAUGUUUUUUUACGUUUCGUGAGUGUCAUGUUAGGCUGGUGUUGGUCUGCCCUGUGCUUGACGAUGUUGGAGUUUGUUCAAAGGUAAUUCUUUAUAUUCUAAUUAGUACUUAAUGCUGAGCCCUGUGAUCCUCCCUCACUUU